GAGUUGGAUCACAUCGAAAGAGGGAGAGACAGAGUAAGAGCGAUUAAUUGCAAUGGAAACACAAAAUCAGCAACAAGAUUCGCCUGUCUAUGCCAAUUAUGAGGAUUUGCGAAAUUCGGGACCAAGUGGCUCCACCACAUACAUGAUCAAUAUGGGACAGGGCGGAGGAGAUGUACCACUUCCACCGCCGGAAAUCAAACGGGGUGGAACUCAGCCACAUAGAGGCUUCAAAACAUCAGAAAACGAACCAAGGAACUGCAUGGAAUGGAUUGUGACAAUUUUCUCGGUGCUGGUUUUCAUUAUAACGCUACCAAUAUCGAUAUUCAUUUGCUUCAAGGUCGUUGCCGAAUAUGAGAGGGCGAUUAUCUUUCGUCUUGGUCGCUUGAGCGGUGGCCCAAGAGGUCCUGGCAUGUUCUUUAUAUUGCCCUGCAUCGAUGAGUAUCGUAAGGUUGAUCUGCGUACGGUUACAUUCAAUGUGCCGCAACAGGAAAUGUUGACCAAAGAUUCGGUAACCGUCACAGUGGAUGCCGUUGUCUAUUAUAGAAUCAGUGAUCCACUUUUUGCCGUUGUUCAAGUGGAGGAUUAUAGCACAUCGACACGUCUGUUGGCGGCCACAACUCUACGCAAUAUUGUCGGCACACGAAAUCUCUCUGAACUUCUCAGCGAGCGAGAAAUUUUGGCCCAUCUCGUGCAAUCCACCUUGGACGACGCCACCGAGCCAUGGGGCGUAAUGGUGGAACGUGUCGAAAUCAAGGAUGUAUCGCUGCCCGUUUCGAUGCAGCGUGCCAUGGCCGCUGAAGCGGAAGCUGCUCGUGAUGCCCGCGCCAAAGUAAUUGCUGCAGAGGGUGAGAAAAAAUCGGCCACUGCCCUCAAAGAAGCCUCCGAUGUUAUAUCCUCCAGUCCAUCAGCAUUGCAGCUGCGUUAUCUUCAAACUCUUAGUAGCAUUUCGGCGGAAAAGAAUUCGACCAUCAUUUUCCCCUUGCCCAUGGAGUUGCUUACUCCGUAUUUGGCAAAAUAUGCUCAAAUGAUGCCACAACAGCCGCCCCUCAAUCCUGAUGGACGCCCAGCUUGGCCGCAGUCAGCUCUAUAAACAGAUUCUACUUCUUUUUUUUUUUUUCUUUGGUGAAAAAAUGAAAUCCACAAUAAAAAAGAUGUUGAUACUUAUAAUCAGGGAAUGUAAUUAAUGAAAAACUAAAAUUGAAAUGUAUUCGAUUUUAUGAAUCCUUGAAAAGUAAAAACAUUUCUUUUAUCAAAUUGCACUAUUGCUAUUCAAGUAUUUUUAAAUAUAUGUAUAAAUUACAAAACAAA